AUGGCGUCGUCGGCGAUGAUUGAAGUAGUCAAGAACGCGCUGGAGGAGAUCGUCAAGGACCCGCGAUACCAUGAUCUCUUGUCGCUGAUCAAGACGGCGCGCAAUGGCGCAGUCUACGGAACCAAAGUGCGGUUUCCGCACGCGCUGGUGAUGAUCUUCCUCUUCCGCUCUGGAACAUUCCGACACAAGGCUGGAUUGGUAUUACGAGCGACAAGACACCAUGCGAGCAACCUAGCGCGAUUCGCCGUCAUCUACAAGCUGACCAUGUUGGCGCUCAAAUACUUUGGCUCUACGCCCGGCAAGGAGGGUACCUACGACUCGUUCGUCGGCGGCCUCGUCGGAGGCUACUUUGUCUUUGGCGGGCGCUCCAAGCGCACAGGCAAGAUCUCGUCAGUCAACCAGCAGAUCGUCAUCUACGUCUUUGCGCGCGUCAUGCUCGCCCUCGCGCGCAUCGCCGUCAAGCCGGGCCACGGGUUCCCCGUCGUGUCCUCGGAGCCGCUGCACUCGACCAUCAGCCACUACGCCUGGCCGGCGUUUGCGUCGCUGUCGUGGGCCAUGGUGAUGCUUGUGUUCCGCUACCACCCCGAGGACCUGCAGUCGAGUCUGCGGUCCAGCAUGACGUACAUCUACAAGGACUGCAACGACUUUGACUCGCUCCGGACCUUGCUCUGGCAUAACAAAUAG